GCCAACGUCGCGCUCGGCAGCAGACCCAAGCUCGUCCCUUAGAAGCGGGUCAGGCUGUCCCGCAAAUAGGAAAAGGACAGGAAGCGCCGCUUUUCUUUCUAGCGCCGGCAUCCGUGGGGCCGGUAGGGCGCCCCGGGGAAGAACGCGCGGCCGUAGGGCCAGCAGACGCCGGACUUGGACUUGGGAGACCUGCUCUGCGCUCGCCCCGGGCCGGCAGCGGGAAGCGACGCCUCCCCCCAAUAACGGCUUCAACCGCCUCCUGCCAAGUCCCCGCUCUGGCCUCCAAAGUCGCGGCCCAAACACCCCACACUCACUGGAAAGUGGGGCCGGGGCCCGGCCCUGGACCGGCCCCGGGAAUUCGGCGAGUCUCCCAGGGUUUGGGGGGCGGCGGCGGCUGGGAGGCCAUCUCUCCGCCUGCUCCGCUCCGGCUCAGGGCAGCGACUGCGACGGCUGGGCAAAGGAGCGCUUCGCUUGCCAGGCACGACCGGCAGAGCACCGAGCCCUCCGCCCCGCCCACGCCUGACGUCAGGCCAAGGCGUGUGGUCCGCCGAAGCUGGAGGAAGGAAGAAGGGAACAGCUAAUUCGCUGGGGUCGGGGUGGGGGUCGGGGGGUGGGGAGGGCGGAGCGGUCCUCUUUCUUUUCCCUAGUUUGGGUUUCAAAUUUGAGUAGGGGCUCAUCGACAUUUCUGGCAGCAGCUACUACGACCUAGGUGCCGAGUCCUUCGGAGGCUCUUUCUCUGGUCGAUCCCUUAAGGGCCGAGAAGGGUUAAGUCUUGGCUGCAACACCUUGUGAGAAGUUGUAGUUAUUUGGUAUGUUUCCACUGACUGAGGAAAACAAGCAUGUGGCCCAGCUGUUGUUCAGUUCUGGCACCUGUCCAAGAUGCAUCUUCAGAUUCUGUGGUGUGGAUCUUCCCGAACCUUACAAACACCCAUAUAAGGAGUUGCUCAAUGAUCUACAAAAAUUUCUGGAACCAGAAAAACAUGAACUAAUUUUGGAAACUCCAAACCCACCAUUGAAGAAAAUUCGUCUACACGAAGGUGGGAUCGAUAAUUUGAGUGAAGAUGGAAAGGAGGGAGUCUCUGUUACUGAAGACGAAAGCAUGGCUGUGAAGCCUUCAAAGCUGAGAGUGUGCAAUGUUUGCUUAGGAGUUCUUCAGGGCUUCUGUGAGAAGGGGUUUAUUACAGAGGUGUGCCAAAAGGUUGAAGCCUCUGGGUUUGAAUUCACCAGCGUGGUUUUGUCCGUCUCCUUCCCACCGCAGCUGUCUGUGAGAGAGCAUGCUGCUUGGUUGCUGGUAAAACAGGAAAUGGGAAAGCAGAGUCUGUCCCUGGGAAGAAAUGAUGUAAUUCAGCUGAAAGAAGCCUACAAGUGGAUAGCUUACCCCCUGUUUUCAGAGAAGCUGGGAGUUCCCACUGACGGAAAGAGCUUGUUCGAAGUGAGUGUGGUCUUUGCUCAUCCAGAAACAGUUGAAGAUUGCCAUUUCCUAGGUGAAGUUUGCCCAGAUUGUUUCAAACCGGCAAAAAACAAACAGUCAGUAUUCACCAGAAUGGCAGUUUUGAAAGCUUUGAAUAAGAUAAAAGAAGAAGACUUCCUCCUGCAAUUUCCUUGUCCUCCAAACUCACCCAAGUCUGUAUGCACUGUCCUUGAAGUUGAAUGCACUCACGGUGCUGUUUUUGUCGCUGGCAGAUAUAAUAAAUACUCCAGGAAUCUACCACAAACUCCUUGGAUAAUUGAUGGAGAAAGGAAAAUGGAAUCUUCGGUGGAAGAAUUAAUUUCAGAUCAUCUGCUGGCAGUAUUCAAAGCAGAGAGUUUUAACUUCUCAUCCUCUGGACGAGAAGAUGUAGAUGUGAGAACAUUAGGAAAUGGAAGGCCCUUUGCAGUUGAGCUGCUGAAUCCUCAUCGAGUGCAUUUCACUUCGCAAGAAAUUAAGGAGCUGCAGCAGAAAAUUAAUAAAUCAUCUGACAAAAUCCAAGUCCGUGAUUUGCAGCUUGUCACCAGAGAGGCAAUAGGGCAUAUGAAGGAAGGUGAGGAAGAAAAGACCAAGACCUACAGUGCCUUGAUAUGGACGAACAGAGCCAUCCAGAAGAAGGACAUCGGCUUCCUGGACGACCUAAAGGACUUAAAGAUUGACCAGAAAACACCUCUCCGAGUCCUUCACCGAAGGCCUUUGGCUGUGAGAACUAGGGCCAUUCACUCUAUGGAGACACAUUACCUGGAUGAGCAUCAUUUUCGUCUUCAUUUGAAGACCCAAGCUGGAACCUACAUUAAAGAAUUUGUACACGGAGACUUUGGGAGAACCAAGCCGAACAUUGGCUCUUUGAUGAACGUGACCGCAGACAUUCUUGAGCUAGAUGUAGAGUCUGUAGAUGUUGACUGGCCACCUGCUCUGGAUGACUAGCUCUCACAUUUGAACACAAAGGGUUUUCCUGGCAUGAUGUGGACACACAGGCGGCAUAUCCUGGAAAAUGGCUGUUUACCCACCAUAACGGUGUCUUCAAAACCACUUGGAUCAUGUUGAUCUGUUCCUAAAGUUCACUAUAACAUCUCAGGAUCUAUAUGUACGCAUAUUUUGUGUUGUGUUGUUCUAAGAAUCUCUUAUGUUUUCUCAUCUCCUGUCUCAUGACCACAAACCAAAAUAGGAGGAAUCAAACCAUUUUCUUUCUAAAGUCUGUUACUUAGAUAUAUAAUGGGAGGCACUGUCAAUCAGGAGAGCUGGGACUUCUAGGGACAAUCUCCUACAGGAGAUGAUACCUUUAAGUAAUUUGCUAAAGCUUUAAGAUCAUCUGAAUAAAUGUUACAACUGGACUCAUGAAGAAGAGCAUCCUAUGAUAUUCCAGUAUGUCAAGUGUAAAUCUGAUCCUAAUACUUUUCCAGUUUCCCUUAAGCAAGCUUUUAUUAUCAAUAGAAGUACUUUAAGGAAUGAUUUGUCAUAGUCCUUAUGACCUCAAGUUACUAUUUUGACAAUCAAAAAUUGUCAGUAUGUGUCUCCUGCAAAGGCAAGUGACACCUCACCACUGGGGGCAUACUCUAGACCCUGCCUAUGUCUUUUGUCUUUUAUGUAAAGGAAAAUAAGUGCCUUCAGUAACUUUUGUUCCAGAGUUACAAAUUUGAAAAUUUGAUAAUACUAAACAAAUAUAAACAUAUUUCAUUGUUUCAAUUAUUUUCUAAUUUGAAAUGUUUUCUAACAUCUAAUUACAUAAACAAGGAAACGAAAGUUAAAUUACACACUUAGUUACUCUUGAACUGAUGUUGUGUCUCCAGGGUCUAUAAACCCUUGUCAAGAGCACCUGUAUCUCCUGUGGAUGACAGUACCCUCAAGAAUGCCACUUAGGCUUACAAAGCCAGGAGGUUGGCUUCUGGAACUUGCAUAUCAAGUGGCGCCCCCAAGAAAUGGCUAAUGUAUGUCUUAUAUGAUCUCAUAAUUGUCACUUGUAAUGACAUGGUGAAGAGAAAUCUUAAACAUAUUAAACCAGAAGAAGAUGGAUUAAUCAUUAAAAAUUAUCAGAAGAGAAGCUCAAUAAAAUUUAGAUUUAAGUAAAA